GAGACAAGAACGCACAGUUUAGUCCGUUUCAAACCUUCGUUACCAUCUCUCUUCUGGUGUCUGGCAAUCUGCUGGAUAAAGCAAAUAAAACAAAAAGAAAAACGAUACGACCUUCAGCAGAAGCCGUACUCGACACACGUUUCGAAGCUUCGGAGCAGUGUUCAGAUUCAGACGGAGCUCAGAGAAACAGGAAGAACCGAAGAAGACGACGUCGGUAUCACAAUGGCUAAGCGAUUACACAAGGAACUUGAUGAUAUCCGCAAAGCUGGAAUUAAGCAUUUCCGCUGUGUUCAUGUGGAUGACUCAAAUUACUUUUGCUGGCAAGGGCUCAUUGUUCCUGAUUGUCCACCAUAUGAUAAAGGCGCAUUUCGAAUUGAGAUCAACUUCCCUGCGGAGUACCCCUUUAAGCCACCCAAAAUUACUUUCAAGACUAAAAUCUACCAUCCAAACAUUGAUGAGAAGGGCCAGGUCUGCCUACCUAUAAUCAGUGCGGAAUCCUGGAAGCCAGCCACGAAAACGUACCAAGUGAUCGAGAAUCUCGUUGCUAUAGUAAACACCCCUCAGCCUGAACAUCCUCUGAGGGCAGACCUGGCGGAGGAAUACGCUAAAGACCGUGCAAAAUUCCUGAAGACUGCAGAGGAGCACACAAAGAAAUACAGUGAAAAGCGACCUGUAGACUGACAGCACUGACCCAGUCUAAGAUGCUGGCCUUUGCUUUCCGUUUUCCUCUUUAAAGACCCUGUUGUGACUCUAUUCUGGCUCCAAAUCACACACAGAUGCCCCGUUCUCGUAUAUGAUUCUUGCAUCGUUUUAGCACACUCCCAUUACUCAUUAGCAGAGGCUUGACUUUAAUUUACUUUGCCAAAAAAAAAAGCAGGACUUUUUGGUGAACAGGCACAUUCUUGCCUCUUGGUGUCACCUUUUGGUUAACUUCUUUCUACAGUGUUUUUUUUUUUUUUUUAA